GGGAUGUGUUUUGUUUAUGGAUGUGUCUAUUUUUGUAUGUCGUUUUCCACCUUUUCCCCGCAAUGGAUUUUUUUCUCUCGUUCACUAUCAUUUCUAGUUGGUGGCGGUAAUGCACGAACAACAUUGAAUGCCAACCGCCCUUAAACCCCGUCGAAGAAGAAAAAGCGAGUUUGACAAAUCCCGGAACUUAUCCGCGGAGUGUGAAAGUAGGAUAUUUCUCUAUAAUUUACAAUUUUGUCCAACAUUUUUUUUAUCAUAGUGCAUACAUAGGCAUAAGCUAUUUACAUCGAAUGUUAAACGGUAUGCGGGUUUCAUUUUGUGUACUUUAGAAAUAGACAACAUUGUCGUUAAAUGUGUUGAAGUUAACGUUACAGUCGUGGAUUUCUGACUAACGUAACGUUUCACUUCCAGAUUCAGUUCUGUAUUUCGAUUCAACGCCGCUUAAUCUCAUUAGCCUACUGCUCAUUUCGUUCUGAAAUCAACUAUUGAUACUUUUACAUAAUGAGAUAUUGCGCUUUAUUAUUAACAAUGUAUGCGCUGGUAUAAUCUCAAUGCUAGAGGGGACAUACCGAGGUCGGACCAGGUAGACAGCCACCAUGGCUGCAGUGCAGGACUCUAUCUACAUGAAAUCCUCUGACCUUAUCAAAAAGGAGCCUCUGGACUACGGCGGCUUCGGUACCGUGUACCUGUGCUAUCACAAAACCCUCGGUCAGGUGGUUCUGAAGAGCGUCUACACCGGACCACCGCGCAAUGAGGGCAAUAAGCAGUCCCUGCUAGAAGAGGGCAGCCUGAUGACCAGACUGAACCAUGAGCGGGUGGUCAGGCUGCUGGGGGUGAUCCUGGAGGAUGGGGACUACUCUCUGGUCAUGGAGCUCCUCCCUAAAGGCAACCUGCUGGCCAUGCUGGACCAGGUUUCUGUGCCGAUAUCUAUCAAGGGCAGGAUCAUAUUGGAGAUUCUGGAGGGGAUGGUGUACCUGAUGAAGAACCGUGUCAUACACAAGGAUCUCAAACCAGAAAACAUACUGGUGGACAACGAUUUUCAUAUUAAGAUUGCAGACCUGGGCCUGGCCACCUGUCAGACGUGGAGCAGACUGACUAAGGAGGAGUCUCGCAGGCAGAGCCGGCUAGGACGUAUGGGGGCUGGAGGAGGGGGGACCAGGGCAGCUGGUACUCUGUGUUACAUGGCUCCUGAGCACCUUGACAGCAUCCAUACACUCUCCUCUGAGAAGUCUGACAUCUAUAGCUUCGCUAUUGUCAUCUGGGUCAUCCUCACUGCCAGGGAGCCCUUUGAAAAUGCUCGGAGUGAGGACCAUAUCUGCCAGUGUGUCCGUAAAGGCGAUCGUCCGAAUGAAUACCUCAUCCCUGGUGAUACUCCUGUAGAGAUCAUAGAGCUAAUGAAGAGUUGCUGGCAUCAGGAUCCACAAUGGCGGCCAACAUUCAGAGAGGGCUACAACUUCUUCCUGCCCGUCUACAGGGAGAAGUUGGAGCCAGAUGUAGAAAGGGACUCACUUGGUCUCAGAGACUUGUAUGAGGGGCCUGAGGAGCUGGUGGAGAAGAUGAAAUCUUUAUCGAUGCCUCCUGAGAGCCUUACAGCAGACCGGCCAGCUCCCUUGCUGAGCUCAGACAGUGCUGGGGCUGUCCGUAUAGAAGCUGGUCCAGUGGAGGCCAGCAUUGAGGACCUGAACCUCUUCCUUCCCUGUGAGCCCUCCCUAAUCCAGCCAGAUGCCCGGGCCCUCGGCCCCAUCAGCACCCCCUCGGGUAUGGAGCUCAAACUGGUCAGCAGUUCGAGGUCAAACCUGGAGGUCAAAUUAGCCCAGGAGUACGAGUACCACAAAUUCGGCAGCUACUGCCGGAUGGACCAGCCGGACUUCAGCCCCUACCCUCACCCUGCCACCCCACAGCGCCUCUCCUCACAGGACCUCACUUCCACCAGAGGCCUCCCAGACCUCAGGCCCCCUCAGCCCCCAGUGUCCUCUGUCCAGUCUUGGACCAAAACCCAGGCCGUCCAGCCCAGCAGCGUAGAGGUGGACCCCCUCCUCCAUCUCUCUGACCUGUACGAGGCUACGGCCCCCUCCGGUACCACCACACCAAGACACCAGCUGUCAAGCCACAUCCCUGAGUCCACCAGCAGCCCAUCUCUGAGCCAGGGCAAGUACUCCCCCCAGCAGCAAUAUCCCUACGCCCAGUAUGACCGCCUCCAGUCUUGUCCAGCCUACCCAGUGCCAGAGUCAGCUGCCCCAGACCUCACUGCAGGGCUGCGCCUGAACUCAGGUGCCAAGGUUGGACUUUCACAAGACCCAGCAGGCCUAUUUAUCCAGAACGCCAGUGGGAUCCAGAUAGGCAGCAACAACACACUCAGCAUCAGGGGUCAUGAGUCAUACAGCAGCUCAGCCAGCUCUCUCUCCAACGGGCCCAACUCACUCUCUCUGCUCAAAGAAAACCUGCAGAUGUACGAGGACCAGGCAGUGACGGAGGAGCACCUGGAUCUCCUGAGAGAUAACAUCGGGAAGGACUGGAAGCGCUGCGCCCGUCGUCUGGGCCUGAGCGAGGUGGAGGUGGAGACCAUCGACCAUGACUACCAACGUGACGGGCUGCCUGAAAAGGUGCACCAGAUGCUGGAGCGCUGGAGGAUGAAGGAGGGCUGUGUGGGCUGCACCGUGGGCCGGCUCUGCAGAGCCCUGGAGAACUGUGUUAAAGUCGACCUGUUGAAGAGGCUUCUGCACUCCAGUGGGACCAACAGUUCUCUGUAGGUACAGUAGCCUGUAUCAACUGUAUUCAAUUCCCCCUACCCCUAUACCAGAGGGGUUACUAUUGACUCCAGCCCCCCACCCUCACCCUUACAUUCCUACCAACCAGUCUAACAUGUAAUGAUUGUCAGUUGAAUUGUUAGUAUUGACUUUGAACUACUUACUUACUGUAAGGUAGUCUGGCUGUAAUUUUCUUGCCAUAUGAUAUGGAUAUGAGUGUAGCAGCCCAAAUACACCAUUCCAAUCUUUGGGAAAUCUGCAGUUGCUUCAUCCAUUUUUGGACUUAAGUUAACAAUAUAUACCUAUUUGAUUAUUGAAGGAAGAACUUAUAAAUGCCUCAUGAGUUUACUUCAACUCUUGUGCCACAUCAGAGCCCUAUACUACAAAUCAGGUUUGAGGAGUUGGCGAGGCAACCUUGGUCAAAUCCUCGGGAUAAUCGGCAACACAUUUUUAUCCUGAAUGAAGAGGGCAGCAGGGUAGCCUAGUGGUUAGAGCGUUGGACUAGUAACCAAAAGGUUGCAAGUUCAAAUCCCCGAGCUGACAAGGUACAAAUCUGUCAUUCUGCCCUUGAACAGGCAGUUAACCCACUGUUCCUAGGCCGUCAUUGAAAAUAAGAAUUUGUUCUUAACUGACUUGCCUAGUAAAAUAAAAAAGCUUGUCAUCAUCCCCUCCAUUUGAGGAAGCCGACUGAUUUAAAUGUUUGUAUUAAUCAAAUGUUUUUGUGUGUAAAAAAAAUGGGGCGGCAGGGUAGCCUAGUGGUUAGAGCGUUGGUCUAGUAACUGGAAGGUUGAAAGUUCAAACCCCUGAGCUGACAAGGUACAAAUCUGUUGUUCUGCCCCUGAACAGGCAGUUAACCCACUGUUCCUAGGCAGUCAUUGAAAAUAAGAAUUUGUUCUUAACGGACUUGCCUAUAUAAAUAAAGGUAAAAUAAAUCAAAUAAAAAAUUAUAGCAUUCGCUUUGCAAACUUGUGAUUGUAUUUUCACAUUUGCAACAGCCGCAACCAUAGACAUACAGUGCAUUCGGAAAGUAUUCAGAACCCUUGACUUUGUCCACAUUUUGUUACGUAGCCUAGUGGUUAGUGCGUUGGACUAGUAACUGGAAGGUUGCAAGUUCAAACCCCCGAGCUGACAAGGUACAAAUCUGUCGUUCUGCCCGUGAACAGGCAGUUAACCCACUGUUCUAAAAUAUAAAUAUAUCCUCACCAAUCUACACAUCACAUUUACUUUAGUAUUCAGACCCUUUACUGAGUAUUUUCUUGAAUCACCUUCACCAGCGAUUACAGCCUUGAGUCUUGUCGGGUAUGACACUACAAGCUUGGCACACCUCUAUUUGAGGAAUUUCUCCCAUUCUUCUCUGCAGAUCCUCUCAAGCUCUGUCAGGUUGGAUGGGUAGUGUCCCUGCACAGCUAUUUUCAGGUCUUUCCAGAGAUGUUUGAUCGGGUUCAAGUCCGGGCUCUGGCUCGGCCACUCAAGGACAUUCAGAGACUUGUCCCGAAGCCACUCCUGCAUUGUCUUGGCUUUGUGCUUGGGGUCGUUGUCCUGUUGGAAGGUGAACCUUCGCCCCAGUCUGAGGUCCUGAGCGCUCUGGAGCAGGUUUUCAUCAAGGAUCUCUUUGCUCCGUUCAUCUUUCACACGACGCUUACUAGUCUCCCAGUCCCUGCCACUGAAAAACAUCCCCACAGCAUGAUGCUGCCACCACCAUACUUCACAGUAAGGAUGGUGCCAAUUUCCUCCAGACGUGACACUUGGCAUUCAGGCCAAAUAGUUCAAUAUUGGUUACAUCAGACUAGAGAAUCUUGUUUCUCAUGGUCUAAGACCUUUAGGUGCCUUUUGGCAAAUUCCAAGCGGGCUGUCGUGUGCCUUUUACUGAGGAGUGGCUUCCGUCUGGCCAACUUACCAUAAAUGCCUGAUUGGUGGAAUGCUGGAUGGUUGUCCUUCUGGUAGGUUCUCCCAUCUCCACAAUCGGGUUCUUGUUCACCUCCCUGACCAAGACCCUUCUUCCACGAUUUCUCAGUUUGGCCGGGCGGCCAGCUCUAGGAAUAGUCUUGGUGGUUCCAAACUUCUUCCAUUUAAGAAUGAUAGAGGCCACUGUGUUCUUGGGGACCUUCAAUGCUGCAGACAUAUUUUGGUAGCCUUCCCCAGAUCUGUGCCUCGACACAAUCUUGUCUCGGAGCUGUAUGGUCAAUUCCUUUGACCUCAUGGCUUGGUUUUUGCUCUGACAUGAACCGUCAACGGUGGGACCUUAUAUAGACAGGUGUGUGCCUUUCCAAUUGAUUUUACCACAGGUGGACUCCAAUCAAGUUGCAGAAACAUCUCAAGGAUGAUAAUUGGAAACAGGAUGCACCUGAGCUCAAUUUCGAGUAUCAUAGCAAAGGGUCUGAAUACUUAAGGUAUUAACGUAUCUGUUUUUUAUUUUGAUUAAAUUUGCAAAAAUAUAUUUUUUAACUGUUUUCGCUUUGUCAUUAUGGGGUAUAAUGAGGAGAAAAUGUAUUCGAUACAUUUUAGAAUAAGGCUGUAACGUAACAAAAUGUGGAAAAAGGGAAGGGGUCUGAAUACUUUCCGAAUACACUGUAUAUAUUCAUAUUUAUAAUAAAUAAUGAUUUAUAAUAACAAUCAGGAUUUUGUGUCCAAUGUGGUAUGCAGAUGGAGAAACCACAUGCUUCAUCAUAUGUACAUAAUUUUAUAGCCCCUAUGCUGUGUCAGUUACAGUAGGCUACAGGUGAUUAUGCUUAUUGGCUAAUAGCACAUCUAAUAAAAUAGACCAUGUAUAGGCUAUGUGCAUGGUCCAUUAUGUUAAAAUCAUUUUUACCAAUAUGUUAUUUGGCCCGUUUCUAAAGGUGAAAAUUAUAUUUUAGAUGUUGCAGCAUAAUUUUAUUUUUGUACAUUUUGGAGUAAAAUUUAAAAAAGUUACCAGAACUGAGCUUUUCAUUCCUUCUACAUAAAAAUGAUCCCAGGGAGGACUCCGAACCCCCUAAGCAAGGAGACUGGAAUUGGUUAAACUCGCAGUUUACUAAAUGUAUCAAAUUAUCCCCUUUCCAUAAAAGCAUGAAGGUCAUGCCUUUCCUACGUGAAAGGGGAGGUUAGACAAUCGAUCCGAGAUGAAUGUUUCAGCAUUGUCUCAGUGAAGAGUUCGGCCUUUGACUAGACAUGUGUGACAUGCACACGCAGUUAAAGCCUGCUAGAGUUAAGCAGCAGGCAGACAAGCAAUAUCCACCAUCGUAGUACAGAUGAAGGCUGAGAUGGAAUGUGGAGCUAACUGAAGCUGGCUAGCUUUAUAAAAGUCUAGCUUGCGUCGUAAUUUACCUCUCUGAACUCCAAAUAUUGGCUUGUUUUACUCCAAUGUUUGUAAACAAAGUAAAUGUAAGCAAACACUAUAUAGCCUCCAAACAUGGUUAAAACUAUCAUUUUGAUAUUGUGGAUGGUCAGUCCUUACAUCCAGAAGAACACAUUCCAAACUUGUCUCGACACCCUCGUAAACUCCCAACAGUGUCAUCUUCUUUACUUCCACCACCUGUCAGUCUUUCAAAAAGUGAAUCACUUGGAUAAAACAAGCCUUUGGACUGGAAACAUCUGCUGUGAACUCAGACUCAUUUUAUGUGUCACAGUACGUUCUAAAAAUCCAGUACACUCACUAUCAGAAAUAUGUUUUUAUUCAUAUUUUAUCUUAGUUGAUUUUAAUAUUUUUUAUCAGCACCAAAGAAAAACGGAAGUGAACAUUUAAAAAGAAAUGAUAAUCCUUCCAGUAUAGUGAACCUUGGUCUAGGCGAGCUACGUGGUGUGUAGUCAGUGCAUAUAGAAAUAUAAUGAACUCAUUCUAAUUUUAUGGCUGUGCAGCACCAACACACCCUGAUUCAACCAAUCAUUCGAUCAUCAACAUUCGAGACCUUGAUUAUUUAGGUCAGCAGUAGUUCAAAAGCACACCAUGUACAGUAGCUUUCCAAGAACAGAACAGAGAUGCAUGUUUCCUGUGGACAACAAACAUGUGACUUGACCAGCAUAGACGUCGUUGCUCACCUGCUCUCCACUAGAGGGCAGCAGAAUGUAUGUAUUCCUUGUCAGGUUUGUCUCAUAAUCAUGCGGGACCAGCCUCAUCGAAGGGCUCCAACCUUACACUAUUUAUCCCAUACAGCUGCCAGGCAGGAAUUUCCUCCUCCAUGCAUGACAAUUAGUUACCCCAGUGUACGGCAAAUGAAACAUGAAUGCAUAUGAAUUUCUUUGAGGCAAUUCCCUAUUUGACAGAUUAAAGGUCCGCUGAAAUUGAAACCUCUUGUCUCUAGGCUAGUUUAAAUGAACUAUUGUAGUGUUUUGUGAUACAAAACAGCAGUCACGCACUGCAGGUCUAUUUUCCACCAAAAUGUCUGCUCUUGGACAUGACCCUGAUUGUAUGUCAAUGAAUGUGCUUUGGUGCGUGCUUGUAUGUUAUUUUGACACUUGGCAGUAGCAGUUAGUAGUGUGUGUGCGUGCAUAUGUGUUUCUGCAUGCUUAAAUGUGUGUGUGUGUGUGUGUGUGUGUAUGCAUGCUCAUAUGUGGGUGAGAGAGGCAUCUCAAAAAGAGCUGGUGUUGUCACUUCACUGUGUUUUUAAAUAAAGUCUGUUUCAAGAGAA